ACCGGCACCGCCGGCAUUUGUUUCACGCCCGUUAGUUACCGUGCUACGGCGUAGUCUACCGGUAACUUACAUACUGUAAUACAGCGCAUCCCACCUCCCCGCAACCCCUCUUCCCCAGGCUACUGACGGCCCCCGACAAUUCACGGACAGCUUGCAGACCCGUCUCACUGAACCCCACCCGCCAUCCAUGUUUCGGCGAGUCAUCUCCUCUCUUGCCUCCAUCUCUCCAUUCUCCACUGCAGCCUCUGCCAAAUCGGUCAUGACAUCAUCACCACUUAGACGCCCAGUCAAACUUGCGCUUAUCCAACUUGCUACCGGUAUCUCUCUCCUUCUUCCCUCGCGCGAGGUCUGUAUUUUGGCUGAGAGUAUUUGAAACAGGAAGCGACAAGGACGUCAAUCUAAAGCGGGCAUCCGAGAAAGUGGCCGAAGCUGCGAAGAAUGGGGCAAACAUCGUUGUUCUCCCGGUACCUUCCCGCUUCAAAUAGAUCCAUCCAAAAUCUCCCACAAUUAACGAAAGUCGAACAACGAAAACAGGAAUGCUUCAACUCACCCUACGGCACGGAGCACUUCCCAAACUAUGCCGAGCCGAUCCCAACUCCGACGCGGACCUUCCCCACCUCCGAAACACCCUCCUACACAACCCUUUCAACACUCGCCUCCACUCACAAGAUCUACCUGAUCGGGGGUUCAAUCCCAGAGCUAGACCCCGAAACCUCAGAGCUCUAUAACACCUCAUUGACAUUCUCCCCGACCGGCACGCUCCUGGCAACCCACCGGAAGAUCCACCUUUUCGACAUUGACAUCCCCGGGAAAAUCAAGUUUAUAGAAUCCGACGUGCUGAGCCCCGGUUCAACGCCCACCUUGGUACAGACCGAGUACGGGUCUAUAGGAUUAGGCAUCUGCUACGAUAUCCGCUUCCCUGAACUUGCCAUGAUCGCAGCGAGGAAGGGCGCCUUCUUGAUGCUUUAUCCCGGAGCGUUCAACAUGACUACUGGUCCCCUGCACUGGGAACUGCUGGCCCGUGCCAGAGCUGCCGAUAAUCAGGUUUAUGUGGGCGUCUGCUCUCCAGCGAGGAGGAAGGAGGAGGACGGGGAGGGCUAUACCGCCUGGGGACAUAGCAUGGUUGUGGACCCCAAUGCAGAGGUGGCUGUAGCCACGGAGGAGAAGGAAGGGAUUGUGGAGUGGGUGUUAAAGCCGGAGAGGAUUUCGGAGAUUAGGAAGGGGAUUCCGGUUACCGGACAGAGAAGGUUCGAUGUUUAUGCCGACGUGGCGGUUGCUAGCCCGACAGAAGGGGUUGAGGUGUGAAUCAGCUGCUGAGGGCUAGGGGCUUCACCCAUCUAACUCUUUUGGUUGGGGGGAGGAGCUGUUACUAUGGCACCGGAAGGAGACUCGAUGGGAUAUUAAAUCUCAAUACCUGAUAAAUAAAUAAAUAAACAAGUGAACUAUUU